AUGCGAUCCGAACUGGGGAAGCUAACUCUGGACAGCACAUUCCUCGAGCGGAAUGCCCUUAACAAGACAAUUGUAGAAGCGAUAAACACAGCAGCAGGGCCGUGGGGCUUGACAUGCCUCCGUUAUGAAAUUCGUGACAUUCUCCUGCCAACGAACAUCAGAAGUGCGAUGGAGCGACAGGCCGAGGCGGAGAGGCUGAAAAGGGCUGAAGUGCUGCGCAGCGAAGGAGAGAGGGCACGGCUUGUGAACAUCGCAUUGGGACAGAAGGAAGCCACAAUUUUAAAUGCUGAGGGGCAGGCAGAGGCCGUAAGGCAGCGGGCAGCGGCGGCGGCAGAAAGUGUUCGAAAGAUAGCCGACACAACCAACAUUCCAGGUGGAAUGCACGCGCUGAGUUUGCAGCUUGCUGAGAAUUAUGUCGCUGCCUUCGGCAGACUGGCGGAAGGCAGCAAUACCCUUAUUGUCCCCGCGGACGCUGCCAACGCCUCCCGAUUGCUUGGCCAGGCUUUGGGGGUCUUCAGGGCUGUCGACAAAAGCUUGGCAGAGGCUCCGCCAAAUUCGCCUUCGAGCGGAAAUUCCGUGGCGGCCAGCUCUUGA